GUUUUUUUUCUGUCUCAUUUAAAACUUCCCUCAGUCCCCCAAGAGAAGCUUUGUUUCAUUUGUGGAACGAGUAUUUGUUGGCUCCAUAAGGUGCAGUAAGCUAAUUAAGAGUCACUGGAAGAAAAGCUUGUUUUCAAAAUCUGUGGUUUUACUUCAUUGUGGGGGGAGGGAAGAUGCAUUCCUCAAAACCUCAUCUUUCCAGAGGCCAAGACUUGAGUUUGGAUUUUGUUUACCUACCGUAGCAUCAGAUAAGACUGGAAGCUGGUAUUUGCAAUUUAUUUGAUGUUGUUCUAGUGUUCUUGUACUUCGCCCUUAUAUUGUUUUACUAGCCCUCUUAAAGACACACUGCACUCCUUAUAAUGGAGAAGGCCUUGAGGUUGAAGGAUUUGUUUGGAUCAUUGUCUGCAAUACGUCUACCUUGCCAGCAGUGUUACAGCCUUUUGCUGGAAAAUAAACAAAGAACAGUAGCCAUGCGCUCUGAGAAAUUGCUUUGCAAGCUCUGCCUAUGACUCGGUUGUUGGAAUUGUGCUGCUGAUAAUUGAUGGAAGUAGAAAUUACUCAAGAGGCUGGUUUUAAGGGAAAGGAAGUGGUGGAAGCAUUUAGUUUGUAGUAAGUGGAGUUAUUCACAUCAGUUCAGUAACUCUUCCUAAAGGUACACUUUCAAUUGCUAGUGCCUUCCAGUAUCACACAACAGGAGUGACUGUUGGCUUCUUUCAGUUUCAAGAUCCCUCAAAAUCUAGUAGCAGGGAAGACCUUCGGUCUCCUGACAGCAGAUGUGCUUCUGAAGGCUGUUGCUAAUCUGUGGGCUACGGGUUGAAAACCACUGCGUGAUGGCAGUGACUCAGUGCAGAGCAGCUGGCAAGGCUUUCAUUGGGACCGGUGCUCUUCCUUGCAGCAGUUGUCUGAGCUAAUUGAGAGCUGACCAAGCUGACUGUGUGUGCAUGUUUGCAACUAACCAGCAUUGAGACUGGCUGCUACAAACAUGGGAGGAAAGCAGAAGUCUGAACAGAGAGCAUCUUAUUUUGAGGACAUGAGUGGUUCAUGUGUGAAGAAAGUACUUAAGAUGAAUAACAGCAUCAGAUUCAUGCCUCAGUUUUUCAUCUUGUAAACUGUUUGAACUCAGGGUAGGAAUUCCCUGUUAAACCACAAUAUUUCUUUCAAAUCCCUCUUAUCAUCCUGAAUUGCAUGCAGCUGACAUCCCUUUGUGCAGAAUGUGUCCUUUAAUGUCAGCAAGGACCAUUUGGAAAUCAAGCUUUUUCAUUUUGGAGGAGAAACGUCACAGCCCAGCAGCUAAUGGAGAUGACUGUGACCUUUGGAGGGGAUAAGGACUUACUAAAAAUGUGACUGAUAGGUAAACCGGCACUGCCUGGAGAAACAAAUUUGCGGGGAGGUGGAAUGACUGACUGCCUAGGCUUGUUCCAAAAUCUGACUUCUGCCCUACAAAUCACAUAUCUUUGCAAAAUGGGGGAGUUACAGUUUCUGGUUCCUUCUAAAACGCAGUCUGUGUGGGGUCAGAAUGGCUGGGAGGGAGACUCCGGGAAACCUGCCAAUCUCUGGACUUUCUGUAUGGUCUUACUUUUUGUUAAAUGAUCUUCUCUCUGCAUAUUUAUGCAUUUGCAUUUUGAUCAGCUGGGGUUGCUAUUGACAGCUGGUCUUUCCUGGUCUUUGUUUUAUUUGUUUUUCCAGUGUAAUAUGGAACUGUUGGGUGAAUUACACAGGGCGUUACUCUGUGUAUUGGCAAUGGAAAGACCUGUGAAAGUCAGACAGAGAAAAUAUAAAACCCGGCUUUUCUCAGUACUGAUUAUGCUGAAAUAUUUGCUUCCACACACACUUAAAUCAACUUUUUAGUGGUGAAGUUUGACUUUUGGCAUGAACAAAAAGACUUCUAUUCCAAGUAGCGCUGCAUGAAAAUUGUAGGUUGGGUAUUGUCCGUCCUUUUUCCUGUGUGGGCUGGGUUUCUCUGUCCUGCAGUAAAGGAUUUGUGUGUUGUACACCCCUGUCCUCAUGGCAGGAUAGAGCUGUAUGACCUUAGUGAAGAAAAAGAGGAAUACUGGGGUGGAGCUGUGACCUUAAUGAAGAAGACCAGGGAUAACAGAGUAUAAGAACCCCAGUGACCUUGAGAUAGGAGCAGUGGCAUUCUGAAAAUUGGUUUCUAGGGGGAGAUUUUAUCUUCCAGCUAUUUUCAAGCUGCCCAUGAAAGCAGAAGAGUGUUAGGGCUCAGUCCUUGUGCAUAGAUCAUCACAGUUUCAACAACCCUACCGUUGCAUUGUUAAAUUGGUACUGCUGUGAAUAGGGUGAUGUGACAGUUCACUAAAAUGUUCUGAGGAAAUUGCGAGCUGUCCUACACACCUCAGUUGUUUUUAAAAACUCCUGUCAGAACAGUUGAGAUGGAAAAUUCUCUCCUUGGCUGUUUGCUUUAACACCUCAUUCAGGCAGUCCUUAGUGCUGCCUCCGAAAUCUUCAGGGGACUCCAGGCCCAAGCUUUCUUUUCUCCCCUGUAUCUAUCCUCGCAGCUGAGCAUCCACAUCAGAAAGUAAUACCAGAGGAGGAAAUCUGAUGUUACUCGAGCUGAGAACCUAACUAAUUUUGACACAGAGAAAUUUCUGUGUGAUGCAAAGUCAUAAAACAGUUGGCACUUGAGGCUGCACUCUGAACCUUGGGGAAAUGCCUCUUGGGAGGCUGCCCAUGCUGAAAUAUUCUGGCUGGGACGCAGCACUGUCGUAUGCCGCUAAGAUCCUGCUAAUUGUGGUGUUAGCAGGUGAUUUGCUGUUCUGAUGGGCAGGUGCUUGUGUGGACGAAAUUCAGGGUGGUCUCUAGCAUCUUGUACUUUGCUGUCUCAUGUGCAGCUCAGUAAUCAUCUCAGCAGAGGCGCUGGAGGUCUAUGAGAUGCCCCUUUAUCUGUGCUAGUCUGCUAAUUGAGCUGCUCCGUUGACAGUAAGGUGAGGAGUGGUGGCCUUCAUCACUGUCACAACUUUGGCUGGGUGCACAGGCGGAGAAGAUGAUACACCUACAUCCGGCACCUUAUUAACAGCUUCCAGCAAAAGCGCUCUCUUGGGAAGCCCGCCUGUUCCCAGGCUCUGUCGUGACAAAGGCCUUUGUUCGGAGCUGAGCAGCGCUGCCUGUCUGGGUGGUUUCCCGUGGAGCAGUGGGAGUGUCACCUGCUCUCCGCUGCUGGCUCCGGCCACCCUUUUUCUGCAGCCCUUUGUGGCAAAUGAUUCCUUAGCCAAAGGUGAGUCCUUGUUUGCCCAGGGAUAUUCUGUACCCAGAAAUGACCUGUGUUGUUCAUGACAGCGUGGUAAUUUUUGUACUGAAAAGCCUGCGGAGGUGGUGCUGAUGUCCCUGCUUACCUUUCUGCAGUGAGAGAUGGGGCAGAACCCUCUUGCUAACUGUAUCAAAAUAUGCUGGGCUUUAUCCUACCCUUUGCAGCUAUAGCCACCCCCUGCUUAUCCCCACCUGAGCAGAAGUGACAGUUUCAAUGUCUAAGGGGGCAUACAUAUACAAAUGCCUGAGAUUAGGAUGUGGGAGCCCAAGACUGAUUCACCAUGCUCUCCUAAAGUGAGAGAGUGAUGCUGUUAGCGGCAGCGUGCUGCCCCUCAGCGCAUGGCAGGAUAGCAGAGCUGUGAACUGAGACCCUUUUGUGCAAACUUCUUUCCCCUCUCCAAACAAAUCUACCAGAAGGGGGGGAUCCUGUGCAUUAAUUGUCUCUCUUGUAUCCUUGUAGUGUUUCUGUCUUUGCGAGAAUUGCAAAAUACCCGUGUGUGAUCCUACCGGCCUUUGUACAUUUAGAUUUAGAGAAGGAGGUGGCACAGCAUGGAACUGAAAGCACGCUCCUGUGAUCGCUUAGCUUGCAGUAUUGACAGAGAUCUUCUGCCUGGAACAGGCCGUCUGGUCCUGUAGCGUGGCUAAUAGUAUUCCUCCCAUGAUUGCCUUUCAGUAUUAAGCAAAGGAAAUGCAAUAAGGCAAUUCAACUUUUUCCAGCCUGCCCCAGCUGUUGUACAAGUGGACACCCAUGAGCAAAAGUUUUCAGACUAUUCUGCUGACGGGAACUUGACAUUUUUAAAGGUGACCUUGGGAAAAGACACCGUGAGGCUUGAACAAGAUAUGGCUAAGGGCACACCAGGCUGGGAAGCAGAAGAGGAACAGAAGACAGUGAAACUAGUCCCUGGAGGGGUAGAGGCAGCCAAGGACAAGGCGACGGCGAGACCAGCCCUCGGGGCAGCGGGAGCCAAGGACAAGGUGACGGCGAGGCCAGCCUCCAGGGCGGAGGUGGCCAAGGACAAGGUGACGGCGAGACCAGCCCUUGGGGCGGCGGGGGCCGAGGGGAAGACUACAGCGAGACCAGCCCUUGGGGCGGCGGGGGCCAAGGACAAGGUGACGGCGAGGCCAGCCCUUGGGGCGGAGGUGGCCAAGGACAAGGUGACAGCGAGGCCAGCCCUUGGGGCGGCGGGGGCCAAGGACAAGGCGACGGCGAGACCAGCCCUUGGGGCGGCGGGGGCCGAGGGGAAGACUACAGCGAGGCCAGCCCUUGGGGCGGCGGGGGCCAAGGACAAGGCGACGGCGAGGCCAGCCCUUGGGGCGGCGGGGGCCGAGGGGAAGACUACGGCAAGGCCAGCCUCCGGGGCAGCGGGGGCCAAGGACAAGGCGACAGUGAGGCCAGCCCUUGGGGCGGCGGGGGCCAAGGACAAGGCGACGGCGAGGCCAGCCCUUGGGGCGGCAGGGGCCGAGGGGAAGACUACGGCGAGGCCAGCCUCCGGGGCAGCAGGGGCCAAGGACAAGGCAACAGUGAGGCCAGUCUCUGGGGCGGCGGGGGCCAAGGACAAGGCGACGGCGAGGCCAGCCCUUGGGGCGGCGGGGGCCGAGGGGAAGACUACGGCGGGGCCAGCCUCCGGGGCGGCGGGGGCCAAGGACAAGGCGACGGCGAGGCCAGCCCUUGCAGCAGAGGGAGCUCAUGAAAGCAGCAUAUCCAAAGACAAAGCAAAGCCAAAAGAGCCUCUUGCAUCAGCAAAAACUGAUGGCUUUAGACCUGUGACACAGGCUGCUGCAGUGACAGAAAAGAAAAAACUGAAAGCUGCUGAUUUCAAAUCUGAGCCACAGUGGGAUUUUGAGGACCAGUACGUUCUGGACAGCUCAUCUCCACCAUCGACCUGCUCUGACUCAGUGAAGGCCAAAGCUGCCAAAUCUGACUGGCUGCGAGAUCUUUUCCUGCCCAACAUCACGAUUUUCACAGACAGGAGAUACUUCAAUGAUAGUGAGUGGAACCGCCUGGAGCAUUUUGCACCUCCGUUUGGCUUCAUGGAGCUGAAUUACUCACUGGUGAAGGAGGUCAUGUCCCUGCUGCCUCCAAACCCCCACCAGCAGCUCCUCCUGGCCAACAGCAGCAGUAACAUGCCAAGAUGCAUCAGCUGUGCUGUUGUGGGGAAUGGGGGAAUACUGAAUAACUCUGGGAUGGGCCAGGAGAUUGACUCCCAUGACUAUGUCUUCCGGGUGAGCGGGGCCGUAACCAAAGGUUACGAAAAAGAUGUGGGAACAAAAACCUCCUUUUAUGGAUUCACAGCCUACUCCCUGGUGUCCUCUCUCCUGAUCUUGAGUCGUAGCGGGUUCAGCAGGAUUCCAGGGGGAAAACAUAUCAGAUACAUUCACUUCCUGGAGGGCGCUAGAGACUACGAGUGGCUGAAGGCUCUUCUGCUGAACAGAGAAACCAGGAAGGGAUUCCUGAAUCAUUAUGGGCAAAGGCCCCGAGAGAGAUUCGAUGAAGACUUCAAGCUGGACAAAUACCUGGUGGUUCAUCCUGAUUUUCUCAGAUAUAUGAAAAACAGGUUUUUAAAAUCCAAAACUCUGACUAAGCCCUACUGGCGGCUCUAUAGACCCACGACAGGGGCCUUCCUGCUGCUGACUGCCCUGCAUCUCUGUGACCAGGUGAGUGCCUAUGGCUACAUCACAGAGGGUCACCAGAAGUACUCGGAUCACUAUUACGACAAGGAGUGGAAACGUCUGAUCUUCUACACUAACCACGACUUCAACCUGGAGAAGCUGGUGUGGAAGAAGCUCCAUGAUGAGAAUAUCAUGAAACUCUACCAGAGAUCCUGACUGUGUGGGAAGUGUCAUUGCUUGGGAUAUCUCAACACUUCAUGGGGAAAGGAGGAGUACUUCUAGAGCCAGGGUCAGCUCUGGACUUCCAGGCACAGUUUCAUCCCCACAAAGAUACUUCCCUGUUUUGGACAUUUCCACAAAUGUGCAAGUGCUACAGAUCAGAAGAACAGCCAGCAAAUGCAGCAGGCCAACAAAGACAUCCCCAUCUGACUGCAUUGCAAGACCCAUUGGAGAUGGUUGUAGGCUCUGGUUUUGGGAGGGAGGAAUCCAGGAUGGAUGUGAGUAGCAGCUGGUCCAGUGUCCUGUAUCUUCAUCCCUCUUUGGGGAUGCGCCUCUCCUCAGGCUGGGGAUAGCUUUUUAUUCUGGGUAGUUCCUCUCCCUUAGCAGUGCCCAUCUCAAAGUUGGGUGUCUCAUCUAAGCAAGCUCCCUCUGCAGCCAACUGACAGAAAUGGAUGCACAGAUCCUGUCUCAAGUGGAUGACUCAAGUGAGGUGCUGCUCUGACUCUGCUGCCUUCUGAUAAAAAGGAUCUGGACGCUUGGCUUCCAGAUGGCUGAUAGGACAGGAUGAAUCUCACUUCUGCUUCCCACCAUGGCCUAUUCAUGACACUUCAGAAGGAGCGCCAUGAUGGCUGGUGUCCGAUCUGCUGCCCUGAGCCCAGCUCACCAUCAAUGAAAGGGAAGGUAAAUGCUCUCUACAGUGCAAAAGGCUUGCCAGAUUUACUCAGUGCCUCUGGCUCUGUGGGCUCCCCUGGCUGCAGGACACAUUAGCAUUGUGUUGCAGUCCUGGUGUGCCAAGUCAGUGCUUUGUUGGGCCUUGGCAUGUUUUGCUCCCACCUGUCCCAGGAGCACUUUGUUUGCCCUCCGUCUGGGGGAGAUAGGAGCUCUCCAAGUCCGGGGAUAGAUGCUGUCUGUCCUUGCUGUUGGCUGGAGCGCCUGUCCCCAGUCAUGCUGAAGGGGAGAGGCCUGGUUGCAGCCAGCAAGCCUGCAAUGUAUUGCCUUGUGAAUGGGGUUUUGCAAGCGAAAUAAAUGUCACUGCUUUGGCCAAGCUGAUUUUCAUUGUA